GAGGGAGCGAGGGAGGGAGAGAGAGAGAUAGGAAGGGUGCAGGGUGCGCUCCAUCCACAGCCUCUCUCACUGUGUCGGACUGUCAUCCCUGGAGCAGUCUCCUGAAUCUCCGCCACCCUGUGCAGCGGUCCUCCUCAGCUUUCAUCGGGUUUUUAGAGUUGUAGCAUGGAUACGAUUUAGGCUAACGCGUAAGACACCACCUAACAGUCAUUAGUUUCAUUUAAAGAAACCUCCUGAAGCUCUCCCGGCCGAAGUCACAAUAAUGAUGGAGUACUGGAGGCAAUGCGCGCUGUGGCUGAUAAACUGCAAGGUGCUCCCAGCUAACCACCGGGUUACGUGGGACUCUGCUCAGGUAUUUGACUUGGCUCAAACCCUCCGGGAUGGAGUCCUCCUGUGCCAUCUGCUCAACAACCUCAGACCCCAGACCAUCAACCUGAAGGAGAUCAACCUCCGGCCGCAAAUGUCACAGUUCCUGUGCCUGAAGAACAUCAGGACUUUCCUGGCAGCGUGCAGCGACGUCUUUGGCAUGAAGAAAAGCGAGCUCUUUGAGGCCUUUGACCUCUUUGACGUCAGGGACUUUGGAAAGGUUAUGGACACACUUUCUAAACUCUCCCACACUGUGAUUGUACAACAGACUGGAAUCAGGCCCUUUCCAACAGAGGACAGUGUUGAAGAUGAGGACAUCUACAACCACCUGGAAGACCUCAUAGAUGAGAAUGGAGUGGAGGAUGAGGAGGACCUUUAUGACUGUGUGUACGAUGACGAAGAAGGCGGCGAGAUCUAUGAGGACCUGAUGAAGACAGAAGCUGUCCCUCCUCCGGCGUUCCAGAAGCAAGCAGAGACUGACAUCAGGAGUUGCUGCUUGACAGAGAUCAAGCAGACAGAGGAGAAAUACACUGAGACCCUGGAGUCUAUAGAGAAGCACUUUAUGAUUCCCCUCAACACGUUCUUGUCCCCAGCUGAGAUGGAGAAGGUGUUUGUGAAUAUUCCGGACCUGGUUAAAGUCCACAAGUGUUUACUGCUGGAAAUCCAAGAUUCAGUCCACCACAGAAGUGCCCAGAACCUUUACCAGAUCUUCAUCACUUUCAAAGAGAGGUUGUUGAUCUAUGGGAAAUACUGCAGCCAUGUGGAGACAGCCAUCGCCACCCUCGAUGACAUCAGCAAAAACAGAGAAGACGUACGCAUGAAGCUAGAGGAAUGCUCAAAAAGAGCCAACUAUGGCAAGUUCACGCUGAGAGAUCUGCUAGUGGUUCCUAUGCAGCGAGUCUUGAAGUACCACCUCCUCCUGCAGGAGCUUGUGAAACACACCCACGAUGGCACUGAGAAGACGAAUUUGCGGACCGCCUUAGAUGCAAUGAAGGAUUUGGCGCAGUAUGUUAAUGAAGUCAAGAGGGACAACGAGACAUUGCGAGAAAUAGAUCAGUACCAGAAAUCCAUUGAAAAUCUGAAUCAGCGUCUGAGUAACUACGGGAGACCCAAAGUUGACGGGGAAGUACGGGUGGCCUCGGUGGACAAACGAGCCAAGCAGGACAGGCACAUCUUCCUGUUUGACGCUGCGGUCAUUGUUUGUAAGCGGCGAGGAGACAACUACGAGAUGAAAGAAGUGAUCGACUUGCACCUCUUCAAAGUCACCAACAAUCCCACGUCGGACAAAGAGAACCGAAAGUGGUCCUACGGAUUCUACCUCACUCAUAACCAGGGCCAGAGCGGCUUUGAGUUCUUUUUCAAGACCAAAGACCUGAAAAAGAAGUGGUUGGAACAGUUCAGCAUGGCCAUAUCCAACAUUCGGCCAGAGAAUGCGACCAACAACCACCAUGAAUUUCGUAUGCACACCUUUGAAAGAAUCACCUCCUGCAAUUCUUGCCACAUGCUGCUUAGGGGCGUCUUUUACCAGGGCUACUGGUGCUCCAAGUGUGGUCUAGGUGCCCAUAAAGAAUGCCUGGGCCGUUUCGGCUGCUGUGGAAAAACAGAUUCCGGCUCCGUCAGAACUCAGGGCAAAGAUCGAGAUCCAGGUCUGCCCAAGAUGCUGGUAAUCAGGAACUACUUUGGAUCGCCAAGCCCCGCUUCAGGUCCAGCGCUCCACAUCCAGACGGGUGACAUCAUUGAAUUAAUCUGCGCCGACAUUCACAGCCCCUGGUGGCAGGGCAAAAUCCUGUCAACGAAAGAGGUUGGCUUCUUUCCAAGCGAUGCUGUGAAGCCUUGCCCCUGCGUCCCGAAGCCCGUCGAUUAUUCCUCUCAACCUUGGUUUGCAGGCCCUAUGGAGAGGCUGCAGGCAGAGGCGGAGCUUAUCAACAGAGUCAACAGCACCUACCUGGUGCGCCAUCGCAGCAGAGAGUACACAGAGUACGCCAUCAGCAUUAAGUACAACAACGAUGUGAAGCACAUAAAGAUCCUGACCAAGGAGGGCUCCUUCUACAUUGCAGAGAACAAAAAGUUCAGGAGCAUAGUAGAGCUGAUUGAGUACUACAAACAUCACUCCCUGAGAGAAGGCUUUAGGAGUCUAGACACCACGCUGCAGUUUCCUUACCGAGAAACGGAGAACGCUGCUAUGCACCGCUUCAACCGAUCCGGUGGCAACACCCCAUUGCUCUGCGGCCUCUCUCUUCUAACUCCUGCCGGCUACAGCUUUGUACCUCCUUCCUCUGCUCCCUUCUGGUCAGUGUUUACCCCCAAAGUGAUUGGUGUGGCAAUAGCGCGGUACGACUUCAGCUCACGCGACACCCGGGAGCUCUCUCUGCAGGAGGGAGACGUGGUUAAGAUCUACACCAAGUCGGGAGCUAAUGGCUGGUGGAGGGGCGAGGUCAACGGCAGGGUGGGCUGGUUUCCAUCCACAUACGUUGAAGAGUGCGAGGAGUGAAAGGGCCCGCGUGAGGGAAAAAAGAGGAAGAUAAAAGAAGAAGGGCAGCGGUGGAGUAAGCAAACCGAUCUCAUGGCAGUGACUGAGUGAGCUUUUGCACCCCCGUCUGCUCCCGCGUUACUUUUCAGAGUGAAGCAGACGGCUUCGCUCACCUCCACGGUGCCCUGUUGCCUAAAACCAUCCCGGAAGCCUUUGGGAGAGGAAAGGACUAUAGUACGCUGCAGAUGCAGAGAUGCACAGUCAUUUCUGCUUGACUCUGUGUGGCUAAGCGACUCCACCGACUAGCAGCUUGCCUGUCAGCAGGGCACAGGUCUUCGCCAGACACCCCCAACCCACCCCCUCGCCCUCCUCCUCUCCCCCUCACUUCAUCCGUCCAUCCAUAAUUCAUCCUCCACUUCCUUCCUCCCUGCCCUAGCCAGCCGCAGCGCCACAACUCCCACCUGUUUCCGCUUGCCAAGUCGGUCGUUGCCUGAACUGUCAGCAGCAGAUACUCAAACGCCGCUCUUCCAUUCAUCCGCUCAUCCAUUCAUCCAUCUACACCCCC